CAAUCAUGCCCUUCGAAUGUCAAGGCGGGUUCCUGAAUCUUUAGAUUGUCUGCUGACAGGGAGCAUCACUGCGUUCUCAACAUCAUGCACAGGGCUGUACGCUGCCAGCGCCGACUAGGCCUGACUGUAAGAAUCGAAGACCCUUUCGAACGAGAUCACUUGGUCUCAACCUAGAUCCUCCAAGGCAACAGGUUUCUCUGAGUAUUAUUUCUGUUCGGCGUGCAUCACGCGAGGUUGUCAUCUGCAGCCUCUACAGUGUUUUGGAGCAUUGAUGACUAAGUUCUUCACGCCAUGUCAUUCGUUCACAUGCUCGAGGUAGUGGCUCACGAGUCACGACACAACUUCGACUGCCUCCAUGGCUCCAGCAUUCAUUGCUACUCCCUAGUUCUAUUCGACAUGUCCUUAAUUAAUUCUGUUCUCGGGUCGUUCUCGCCACCGCCAUCAAAUUUUCGAAAGUCGUUCGAAGACCCGCAUGCACGCGACUAUGAGCUCCCAUACUACAACUCUCCGCCACCUAUACCUCCGCCGGUGACUUCCUCGCUGAUAUGGAGCGCACCGAGGACCAGCAUAUCGCCCGUGCCACGCGUCCCGGACGAUGUGCUCACGUUACAACGACGGGCGCGACAUCUUGAGCAGCAGCUUCAAGAGCUACUCGACGCGCAGGCAGAUGGCUUGAUGAACGGUCUCACUGGCAACGACGCCAUGCCUGACGAUCUGGUGUCAAAUGGUAGUACUACGCCGACAGUCAGCAGCGUCCGCUCGUCAGAUAGACACGGAGGAAACGGCGACGAGGAGCACCGACCUAAGAGGAAGGUGGGCCUCAGCACUGCGAGGAGAGGGAUCUUCAGGCGCAUUCAGCAACUCGCCAGCGUCAAGGCAGAGGAGCUCAACGUCUUGGAUGAAGGGCUAAGGAACUUGCAAUACAAUGUUGAGAAGACAGAGAGCUGGACACAGAAACGUACGAGGCUAGAGACCAAGAUUCAGGGUAUAGAAGGCGAAGAUGCUAGCGUGAAGACAGAAGCCCUCCAGACAGAGGCCUCGAGACUGGAGCAAGACAUCAGACAGAAGGAAGAAGAGCUGUGGUUGCUGAAGCGGCGGCAACGGCGAGUUCUUGACGAGCUCGCGGAAACCGAGAACUCUAAGGAGGCAAAGCUCUCCUCGUACAAAGCUUCUAUCUCAAUGCUGGACAAAGAGGUAUCGAGCUUCCUCGCACGGCCUCCAAACCGAGAUCACACGCCACUCUCAUCCUCGCCCUUCCUUACGCUCCACCCCAAACGACGGACCCUCGAGAUGGCGCACGAGUACUGGCAGGAUGAAUACACAAGGCUGGCAGAGAAGUGCGAGGAAAUCGAUGUCGAACGUGCUGCACUCGAGGAAGGGUCGGUGUUGUGGAAUGAUUCAGUGAAGAAGGUGGUUGACUACGAAGCGAGUUUGCAGCGGCACAUGCACAAAGUGAACAAGACUGGCACAGCAGAUCCAUCACGCUUGUUGGAUCAGAUGGACGCUACCAUUACUUUCCUGAAUGGGAAGCUGGAGUACGCUUCCUCCAGGAGCUGGAACCUGCUCACAUGUGCAAUCGGAGCGGAGCUGGAAGCCUUCCAGCAAGGACGAGAUCUCUUGCACGAAGCUCUCGGGGUGAAGCGGAAGGGCAAGGAGAAGGCAACAAGCUCACUAGUAGAGCUCAAAGAUUUCAGGGCUCCGCCAGAAGAAGAGAUGACUGGGUCAGCAAUCAGGAUUGUGCGUUCGCCGCCAAAGACCGCUUCACCCAAACCGAAUUUGUUCGAAACCGACGACCCGAAUGAUGACCCUGAUCCUGAGCUCAUGAUUUCUCAUCAGGACACUGAUACCGAUUGAAAUCACGCCGCGCGAGUAAGAUAUGUUUGGCUGUGAGCGAGGCGCUUUGGAGUUUGGAUGCCCCCUUGCGAGCGAUUCGCAGGACUGUAGUUUAGCGUUUCAGCAUGAAUUGUACGAAUCCCGCACCAACAGAGCUGUCUUGAACCAUUUUAGGCCGACUUGCAAGGUGGUCUCGAACGUGCACUGCUGAGUGGGGGCUUGCGUUCCUGACCAAGAGCAC